AUGAAGCUUUCUAUUGCCGCCCAACUUCUGCUCGCAGCUUCUGCUGUUGCUGCUCCCUCUGGCCAUGGCCUCACUUCUCGCGUUUCUCGCCGUACCGGACGGGGAGUCGAGCGUCUCACCCAUCCCAAGAUCCCUGCUCCGGCCUUGACCGGCGACGAGAAAUCCAGGAUUGAGCAGGCCAACCGCACUCACGUCGACUACAGUUCUAACUGGGGUGGCGCCGUCCUCACCGCGCCUCCGUCCGGCACCACCUUCACCUCGGUGAGCGCCCAGUUCACUGUGCCAACUCCCCAACUGCCCUCAGGCGCCACUGCCGACUCGUCUGCCUCUGCCUGGGUUGGAAUCGACGGCGACACCUACUCUGCGGCCAUUCUCCAGACCGGCGUGGACUUUACUAUCUCCACGGCUGGCGAUGUUUCAUACGAUGCCUGGUACGAGUGGUUCCCGGACUACGCCUACGACUUCUCCGGCAUCGACAUCAGUGCUGGUGAUGUGAUCCAGGUGUCCGUCUCGUCGAGCAGCAGCAGUGCCGGUACAUGCGUGAUCGAGAACCUGACCAGCGGUCAGCAGGUUAGUCAGGAUCUGACGGCGCCUUCGUCCGACUCCAAUCUCGGAGGCCAGAAUGCCGAAUGGAUCGUCGAAGACUUUGACUCGAAUGGCAGCCAGGUGCCAUUUGCCAACUUUGGCACCAUCCAAUUCACCAACUCGGCCGCUGGAGUCUCUGACGGGUCCACCGUGGGCACCGACGGCGCCGAUGUUUUGGAUAUUCAGCAAAACAACGUUGUGUUGACCGAUGUUGAGGUCCCCAGCUCUUCCGAAGUUGACGUUACAUACACCGGCCCUUGA